CCGUGCCGCGAUGAACAUUAGACCUGCACGAGUAGACGAUCUUCCGGGUAUGCAGGCCUGCAACUUGCAGAACCUCCCAGAAAACUACACUAUGAAAUAUUAUCUAUAUCAUCUCUUGACUUGGCCGUCGCUCUCGUAUGUCGCUGAGGACGAGGGAAGGAUAGUCGGCUACAUUUUAGCCAAGAUGGAGGAGGAAGUAUCCGAAGGUGAAGAGGCUCAUGGACAUGUCACAUCCAUAUCCGUGCUCCGGUCCUACCGUCGCUUAGGACUAGCGAAGAAACUCAUGGUACAAUCUCAGGAAGCAAUGGCUACAGUAUAUCAAGCUGCAUACGUUUCGUUGCACGUACGAAAAUCCAACCGCGCUGCCUUGGGACUGUACCGCGAUACUCUAGGGUUUACCGUCAAAGACAUCGAAAAGAAAUAUUACGCCGACGGGGAAGAUGCAUAUGCCAUGAAAUUAUCCCUCAAGCAAGCAUGAGGGUUACGAUGAUGGAUUGGCUAGCAAUCAAAAUACGUACGUUCAAACCGCUGAUCUGUAGAGUACUGCUUGUCGAUUCAUUCCUACCUGCUUUGUAUCUCAUCGCUAUUGUUGUCUGGGGGAAAGUUCCCAUGUUCACUGAACUCCCGGGACGUGUGAAUAUCAUGUUGGCC